AUGGGCUUCUUCGACGGCUGGGACGGCGGGUCCGUCAUCUCACAGAAAUCGCACAAGCACCACAAGUCGUCGUCCUCGCACAAGCAGCACCGCAAGCGGUCCAGGUCGCGGUCGCGCAGCAAGCACCGCCACUCCAGCUCGCACCCGCAGUCGGGCGGCAGCCUGAGCGGCAUCUUCGGCGCCGACAGCAACUACCAGAAGCACAACAGCUCGCGGAACUCGUUCUUCGGCCUGGGGAACAACAACAGCACGCGGAGCUUCUUCGGCAUGGGCCGCACAAACUCCUCCUCCUUCUACAAGCGCUCCCCGCGCGCCAACUUCGUCCAGCGCUCCUACAAGAAGCUCAAGCGCCUCCUCCGCGACCUAAUAUACUACGCGAAGCGCCACCCGAUGAAAGUGUUCAUGCUAGUAAUAAUGCCACUGGUGACAGGCGGCGCCCUGACGGCCAUGCUCGCCCGCUUCGGAUUACGUCUUCCCCCCGGAUUGGAGCGCAUGCUCGGCAUCGCCGCCAAAACGGCGUCGGGCGAUAGCAUUGGCCUCAUGGGCGAGGCCGUACGCAUGGCCAGCGGCGGCUUCGGGGGCGGUGGCGGCGGUAGGGCCGAUGUACAUUAUGAGAGGCGGCGGACCGAGUAUGGCGGCGGCGGCGGCGGCGAUGGUUGGGGGAGCGGGUUGAUGGGUGGUGGUGGGUUCUUGAGUGGAAUAGGGAAAAUAUUCUCUUGA